AUGGCAUUGGAGAUACAGCGCAAUCCUAUGCUCUCCUACUCAGAUGGAAGUCCCACUGAUUUCCAAGGAUUUUUCUCACAGGAACUGAAUAGUCUGAUUGAUACUGUCAAUUGCUCCUUUUCUAGAGGAUAUCCUAAUGAACAAAUCAUGGAAGGAAAUGCAAGCCCUCCUUUGAAGGCUGAAGAAGAACAGCAAAGAGAAGAAGAUGAAGAUGGUCCUAACAAAUAUGACCCACAGGAGGAAGGAAUUAAGAAACCCUUCAUCACCAAGGUCAGCAUGAUGUUCUACCCUGGGAGAGGAAGCAAAAGUGAGGAUACCUUCUCAACUGUUUCCUCACAUUCCAAAAUCUUUAAAUUGAGGGAAUCCAGUUCUCUGCUGCAGGAUUCCAAAGCACAGGAGAACCCUCGAUCCCUGCUCCUUUUGCUCCAUCAGAAGGAUCUCGAAAUCCAAGGGCUGAAAAGUGCUGCCCAGAAGGAUCCAGCUGACCGACUGAGUUACAUUUUAAGGGAACUUGUGAAGGCAAAGAAUACAGGACUAUGGAAGAGGAGCACUAAUGAAGAAGCCCUUCAAAAAGAAAUAGAUCAAUUAAAUGCUGACCUGGAAGCUGUUAAGGAGGAACAUGCAAAGGAGGUAAAACUUCUGGAAGAUAAACUCACAAGUUUGAAUUUGCACAUCAAGAAUUUGCAGCAGAUAAUGAAGAACCUAGGAGUAAAGUCAGAUGAUGUAACUGACAUUGAGUCCAGAAUUUCUCUGAAUGAAGGGCCGAAAUUAGCAUGUGAGAGCUUUGAGCUAUGGUCAGAGACAGGACAGAAGAUAUCAGCAGACACAAGUAAUAUAACACUUCGAAGAAUUCCAAAACACACGAGCUUCGUUGAUGCCUUUCAUAAGUUUGGAAGUGGCUCCUUGAGUAAUGAAGAAAGAGAAGACAUAAUCAGCAGAUUAGAGACUAUUGCAGAUAACUCAAAACCACAAACUGGUGGUAAUUCAGAAGAGAGUUCACAAGAGAGCUCAAGAGCAGACAGCAAGCUACUCUCUGAACUAUCCUCGCAAGCUAUCCUCCCUUCUUUGAAGUCAGAUUUGAUCUUAUCUGAGAGCAAGAGGACAGAAUCUUCUUCAAGCCUGCCUUCUUCCUUGGAGGACAAAAUCCCAGGAAAGAAAUCUUUACUGGCAAAGAUGAAUGGGUCACAUGAGGAUAGCGGUUCCGCUUUCCCAGUCACAGAUCUGGCUCCCACCCUGGAUCCUUGGAAGCUCACUCAGCUUGGUCUUUCUCUUGGGCAGCUGUCAGAGGAGGAAAUAUGUCCCCACUUGGUGCACACCCCCUUUCUACAGGAAUGCAAAAGAUGCCAGGCUGACACCAGCUCUCUAAGGAUUGUCAACGUGCACCGUAAAGGCAAAUUUAUCAGAAUCUUCAACUGUUUAUUGAAUAAGGAGGUUGACCUAAGUGGCUACAUCAUCCAGCAGUGGGUUGGAGGGUAUCCAGUCUCUAUCUACCAUUUCCCAAAGGGUGUUGUUCUGCCUGCACAGCACCACAUCACCGUUUGGGCUGCAGGGGCCAACCUGGCUCAUGAACCAUCUUCAUUUUCCACCACACAGAAGUUUUUCAGAGCAGGGCCUGAGUGUCUUACCACUCUUUGUGAUUGUCAUGGCCAGAUGGUGUCACAAUACAUAAACCCUCACCAAUUUACAGCAGCAGCAGCAGCCUACAGUGAUAAUGUGGACCUUUCCAUUGACAAGUUUCCCCUUUGUGAUGACAGUGCAGGAAAUGAUGAAUCCUUGUACUCUAAGAUUUCAUUCCUCCCAAGGAACUCAAGACACUUUUCCAUAGAUUCUUCACCAAGUUUCAAAAUGUGGUGUGGCCGGUCCAUUGGAAACAAGAGGAAAACAAAUGGGGAAUUUAAGGAGAGCUCUUCUCCCAGCGAGGAAGAUUAUUUUGCUUGUCAGUCAUGGAAACCAGCACUUGAGGAACCGGUAACAAGAAAGUUUAAGACAACGCUUGACACAACAAUCCCCAUGGUAUCUCUGAUAGGACAGAACAGUGCUCGCUCAAAAUAUGGUUUCAACUAUAUGAUGUAUCUUCCUUCUACAACUGAUCUGCAUUUAAGGAGACCGAUGUCGCAGUUAUCAAGGAUAGAAGCAGAGUUUUGGAGGAUCCUAGGAUUUUUCAUGGGCUACAAAUGUUUAAGCUUCAACAUAAGAACAUACUGAAGAUUUUGUGUAAACGUUAUUGGUAUCAUCAUGCAUUUUAAAAAUCUGACCAGAAAAGAACACCUUAUAGCUUGGAUUGCUGCAUAAUUCAUGUAUUGUAAACCUCACUCCAAAAUUUUCCAAUAUUAAUUUUGAAAACUACAAUACAAUACUUGGUUUCAAAAUAUUCACAAUAAUAAUUAUCCAUACAUACUUGUCUGAGUUCCAGUUCACACAAACCCUUGUUUCUUUUGUUAGCAGACACAGUUUGUGGGACUUGUGUGGAGAAAGAUACAGUGUGAACAAUGGAAAGUAACAAAUCCCAUGAAUAUGGCAGCAUUUGCUCCAAAUGCCACAAUUAAAACAGGGCCGCCUACUAGCCAUUGGGAGUCCCUGAUUCUCAUAACAACACUAUCCAUAUUACAAAUCAACGGCCAAGUGAUAACUGUAUCCAUCUGACUAUGUAUCAAUGGAUAGGUGAGACUACUAGAAUAGCAUUUCACAUUGUAUCCAAAUGCUGAAGCUUGUGAACAAUGUAUUUUCUAUUUAAAUCUAAAAAUUAUCUACAUAAACUUAGAGAAAUUUUAACUGAAAGUACAUUUGUUGUAAAAAGACAUGAAAAGUUGAGGUAAAUGAGGAAUUGUUAAGAACCAUCCACAUCUGACAUAAAGAUGUGGGUAUAUAUUGGUCACCUGACUUGACGAAAACACAAUAUCUGGAUGUAUGCCACAUAUUUCUUCCAAGCACAAAUAAAUUAAAAUGACUUGGUCAGAUUGUUCUACACUUCUGUGCUAUUUGGUAAUUUCAUGCUGAAAGUAGUCACUUCAAGCAAGAUGGAUUGUUUACACGUUAGUUGAGGCAGAAAUGAGUACCUGAAACCAAUGAGUCUGCUGCUCAAGGAACAUGAAAAAACAUAUCACUCAAACUAAGCUAGGUGCGGCUGCCUAUGUCCCCAGUCUCUUAAUCACGGUGAGAGAAGGCUGACACUUGAAGCUGCAGCUGGUUACCUGAGGGACCAGUUGUAUCAUCCUCCCACUGGCUGAGUCAAGGAAACCACCCUAGCUCCUGAGACCACUCAAACAGCUGUUCUAAACAUCAGUGAUGUAGUCAUCUGAAAGAACUUCGGUGGCACAAGCCCUUUCUCCUUUCCUUUCAAAGCCUGCUAAAGAGAAAGGCUGCUGGGGGAAUUGAUUCUCUCUUCGCAGCAGCAGUUUAAUUGGAGAGAAAUCAAGUUGUUCCUUUCAACUGCUCCGCUUGCGUAGGGGCACUGUUACUCUCAGCAAUGAAUCAGGCUGCUGAAUCAGAGAAGCUGGGCUGUGUUGCUCACGAGAAGAUAGGAAAUCAAGUACAGAUGAGAGCUCAUGAGACCUGGCAACAAGAUAUGCACAGCUGCUUGGGGCAU